CCAAAAUGUUGGACCCCCAUGCUUAGUUUAAAGGGACAUGUUACUACUCUCCAUGCUGAUGGGAUGGGCAGACUGUCUGAUGGAAUGGGGGCGUGGUCAGCCUUCUGGCACUGUGUCUGGACAACAGGGAAGGAGUCAGCUUCAGCAUCAAGCCCCGCCCAUUCAUAGUGUCAGCAACGUGACAGUGUGGGCGUGACUCCCGUGUGAGCGCGUGAGACCGUGGAGUGUCCGGCGGCACGCAGGAUGAAGCCGUUGGUCGCGCGGUGCCCGGGGCUGCCCUGCUUGUUGCUGGUGUCCGCCAUAUUGUGCCAGGGGAGCACCGGGGGAGACCUGGCAGUCACCGUCACCCUGCCAGCGCAGACCGGUACCCUGAUACCAAGGAGCAGCAGUCAGGUGCCCAGCUCCAGCCCGCUUACCCCCGGGGUGGACUCGGUGUUAGCGGCCGUGGCUCAGCGUCAGCACCUGCUGCUCCUCUUCCAGCGAUACGGCGACAAUAACCACAGCCUGAGCGUGCACGGCUUCCGCCAGCUGCUGAAGAGCCUGGGAGUGGAGAGGCUGAGGACGAUAGGCCGGGAGACCGAGCAUCACUCCCAUCAAACCAAGCACCACCACGGCCGCCACCAUCACCAUGGUCACCACCCACAUCACCCUCAGCCUACCCCUCACAGCAAGGCCGGGGGCCAGGCGUGUGCCGGGGAGGGCAGGGAGGCACGAUACGUGACGUCACCGGCCCAGCCAGCCAAUCACAGAGUGGUGAAGAGACACAUUGCUGGAGACAAAGUUGGGAGCAUCCUACCUGGUGCACAGCUAGAGGUGAGAGGGGCCCAUCCUGGGCAAUGA